GGGAAGGUCUUGCAGUAACUAGCGUCAGGUCAUCUGAUUUAAAAGUAACAUUCCUGCCUUUGCUUGUAAACUGCUGUUAGCUAGGAAGAGAGUCAGAUUGGGGCUGCUGGGACUCGGGGCAUAAAUUUGGACUUGGAAAUGAUAUACCAGUGAAGGGUCUAGACUUCGCUUGGUAAUGACAGUGUGGGGUGAUCACCAUGUCCUCUGUUCCUGUCGCUGAGUCCUGUGGCCAUGUGCUGGUCGAGUUUGACUGUCUGGAUCCCUUGCUGGCUGCGCUGCGUUUGGACUCCGGCCGGCUGAAGUGCACCUGUUUAGCAGUGUCCAGGAAGUGGCUGGCCCUAGGAACAUCCGCUGGGGGGCUGCACCUCAUCCAGAGAGAGGGCUGGAAACAGAGGCUCAUACUUACUCAUAAGGAAGGAUCCAUCACACAGAUGGCCUGUUGCCCCCAUGAUGAAGACUUUGUUGCUGUAGCAACAAGUCAGGGGCUGGUGGUGGUAUGGGAGCUGCAGCUGGAGCGUAGGGGACGCCCUGAGCGGGUGUGUGUGUCGUGGGAGCACCGUGGUCAGGCAGUGACAGCAUUGUGCUGGGACAACGUAGCACUGCGUGUGUUCGUCGGAGAUGCUGGGGGGAAGGUCUCCUUUGUACGGGCAGGAUCCUCCAAACUUGGCAAGGGUGCAGGGUUUGUCAUCUUCCCAGUGCAGACUAUCACCACAGUGGAUUCCCGAGUCGUGCAGCUGGGUUACAUGGAUGGACGUCUGCUUGUCUCCUCUCUGAGCCGCUGUUACCUGUGUGACACUGAGAGAGAGAAGUUCUGGCGGGUCGGGAACAAGGAACGGGAUGGGGAGUUUGGGGCUUGCUUCUUUCCCCAAGGGCGUGGUUUGAUGGGGGGCCAGUCCCCACUCUUGUACUGCGCCCGCCCAGGGUCACGCAUAUGGGAAGCCAGCUUUAAUGGAGAGGUGCUGAGCACACACCAGUUUAAGCAGCUGCUGGCGUGUCCCCCUGUGCCCAUCAUCUCCAACAGGUGUGAGCCACAGUACAGUCCUGCCCAGAGGGGCCCCCAGUCCAUGGCUUUUCCAAGAUUACUCUACCUUAGUGAUCAGAACUUGCUGACCUGGACUGACUCUGCCAUCUACAUCUUUGUGCCUCAGAGUGGCCAGGUCCUGCUCUGGUCUGAGAUUAAAGAUGUCAUGGAGAUAGUGGUAUUCCGAAGUGAGCUAUUCUGUCUUCAUGGUGAUGGGCACCUGUCACACCUGUUGCUGCUACCGGUGGAGCGGUGUACAGAGAGACUGCUGAGGCGAGAGAACUGGGUCCUGGCUGCCACUGUCUGCUGCAUGUUCCAGAAUGCUAUCACCCCCUGCAGGGUUCGGAAGUCCCUCCCCAUCGACCGCCUGGAAAACCUGAGAUCACAGCUCAAUAGCUCCACUCAUCAACACUUGAUAAGCCAAUUAGAGGAAGUGAUCUCCAAAUUGGAGCCCCUCGACUCUGCAUCCAGCAGCCGGAGAAGCAGCAUCUCCUCACAUGAGAGUUUCAAUGUGUUGGACUGUGGAAUCUACCGCGUCAUCAGCCGCAGGAGUAGUCAGUCAGAUGAGGAGACAAGUUCACUGAUCAGCCAGUCAAUGUUGGAAGAGGAGAGACUCAAGGAGUUCACCUUUGUGCAGGAGGACGAGCCAAUGGAGCAGGCCUCCUGCGCUGUGUUUAUCUGUAUCAUCAUCUCACACUCCACUUCCAUUUCUGCACCCACCAACCACCCCAACCCACCAGAUCCCCCGUCUGAGCGCACAGAGCCUGACCGCCCUGAUCUGGGCCUGCACUUCCACCUCCCCCUCCCAUUCCGACCCAAACCCCCCCGCGCCACCCUGCAGGCUGUCAGAGACAGUGUGUCCAGCUUUGUCAAAAAGACCACAGAGAAGAUCAACACCCUCCAGAUGAACUCUGACCUCUGGCCUCGCCCUGACCAGAGGGAGGGGGGGGUGAGUGAGGCAGUAGUCAGCACAGCUGUAUUCUCAGAGGAGGUGAACGCAGAGCUGAAUGCUGAGCGGCACAGUGCAGAUAUUGACCUGCAGGAACUGCGAGAGGCCACUGAGCGAGCGAUCUCUCAGGUUCAGGACCCAAUGGUUCUCUUUGACCCAGCCUGUCUGGGGGAUGUUCUGCGAGAGUGGCUACUUGUUCUGGAGCGGGUACUUGGCACAGUAGUUCCCCAGUCAGAAGAUGAGAGACCCCCAAGUGUGGAGAACCUGUCUGGAGAGGGCUGCGAAGAUGAGCAGGAAGGACAGGCAGCAGAGGGCAUGGCAACGCAGCUGAACCAGGAAGCACAGGAUGAGAGCCGAUUGGGACCUGGAGGUGGUGAGGAGGGACCUCCAGUAGAAAGCAUGGCCUUCCUGGAGCCUGUUCGUGUGUGGUCCCCCCAACCCCUGCCCUCUGAUCUCCAGGCUGACCUCUACCAGCUGGCUUCCCUCAGUUUGGACCUGGGCUGUUUCCGUGACAACAGCACCUGGGAGACUGGCAAGGGAGGUGAAACUGGUGGUGUGUGCUCCUUUCUCCACCAUUACUUCUUCCUAUUGGAUCCAGAGCAUGUGCGACAUGCCUGUCUGGUGCGGUACAAAGACCAGCCUGAAGUGCACACUACAUACGUGGCAGGUCUGCGGGAGUUGAGCCAGACCAGCCCAAUGGUGGAAGUCAUAGAGAGGGGUGACCUGCUGAAGUCACUCCGCAGCCUGAGGGAGAUGCAGCCCUGGACAGCUCCCCCACUGCUGGCUCACCUGCAUAGAUUAUAUAAAAAGCAUGGAGAGCUGGCCUUGCGUUCCUUUACCCAGUUCUAUCCCACAAUCCUCCCCUCUGACAUCAUGGCUUUGGCCCAGAAGAGACACUUUCUGGCUUACCUCGAUAAUCUGAUCCAAUCCCGUGCAGAGGAGCAGAGGCUCUCCUUCCUUGGGUCCCUUCUUCAGCCCGAAUGUCUGCGACAGGAUUGGCUGGAGUUGGCCCUUUCCCAUGAUGCCCCACCAAAGGCAGACACCCUGACAGCAGAUGGACAGCCCAGGUGGUGCUCCCAUCUCUUCAGCUGGGGAUAUGGGCGCCUUCUCUCCCUUCUGAUCCACCUGCCAGCUGAUCUGGAAUCCAAGAAAAAGAUGGCAGAGACCUGCAGAACCUUUGGGUACUGGUCCGGUUAUCUGUCACUUUGCUGUCAGCUUCAGCGACGCUCAGAAGCCUUCUCAACCAUCUGUAGGCUAGAUGACUUAGCCUUGUUGGAGGGGCCAAAUGGCGUAAGCCCUGAAACCCUGGAGGAAUGGAAGCUCCUCCUACAGCUCUCCCAGCAUCGCGACCAUGCUCCAGACCCCGCCUCCAAUGGCAGUGCCCUUCCCAAUGGCUCUUGGGAUUGGAGCAGCCAGGUCAGCCCAGAGAACCUCACGCUGCGAUUGGCCCGGGUGGUUGGGCCAGACCGGGCUCUCGCCACCCUGCAAGAGUGUGGGAUACGUGUGGAACUCGGGCCCCACUCAGCCCUGGUGUGUGAGCUGCUGAGAAUCGCAGAGAGGAGGCAGAGGGCUCUGAUCCAGACCAUGCUAGAGCGUUGUGACCGUUUCCUCUGGUCCCAGCAGGCCUAACCUGGGCUAAUAAACUGCAUACUGAGUUAGACAUGUCUGGAUUACUGUUGGUCUGGUUAUGAUUAGUUGCUCAAGCUGUGAUGCUGUAUCUCUUUGGUGCAGUGAGUAGCAGUCUUCAUCUCUCUGUUGCAGUGUGUGGUUGUCUGUGCUGAACCAUUCUGACAGGUGACAGAAUAACAGUGUUGCUUCUUGUUUGCUUACAGAGUUUCAAAUAUAAGUAAUGUUUUUUUAUUAAUAUAACAUUUCAAUUUCAAAUAAAUUCUUAUUUAAAUCUUGUGUGUCUCAGGGUGACCUGUAAAGUUUAUGCAAUCAAAGUUUCUAGGAGCUGAACAAAUGAGAACCUUUGGUGACACUUGAUUUCCUAGUAUAAAAAAGUACAAAUGUAUAAGUACAAUGCAUGUACAGCACACCACCCCUGUCUCAGUUGGAGUUUCAUGGCCUUUAUCCAAGUGCAGUUACCUGUUUUUAUUUCUUUACUGUGUCAGUGUCCUCUCCACGGUGCAACCAUAAAUUCCAUGAAGAAAAACAACAUGUCUACUCUCUUACUGUCUCUGCCAUUUACCACAACAUCUUCAACAUUCUGCUGUAUUUUCUUUGAUAAAAGAGCAACUAAGCCAUUGGCUUAUUUACACUGCUGGACAAAACAGUUUGUCAAAGCUUGUGUUUCUACCAACUAAGGAGGUCAGUGCUGAAAGUAAUGCAUCAGCCUGCAGUGCCCAAACUGUAUUCCCUCAGUCCCGAGCAUGCCAGGAGAGAGAUUUGUGCAGAACUUUGACCUAUUUGCUGUUAUUGUCAAUCUAAUACUGCUUGUAGUUCAGUAGUAGUUUGAUGUAAAAAUGUUUGCUUUCAGGCAUGUCAGUAAGGAUAUAGUAUAGGAAUGUAAAAUGUGAUUAGUGGGUCAGAUUUGAAUUUAAUUCCAGUCUGAUUUACUGAAAACCUCACAAGGAAUGACCCACAAGCCCUUUCAAAUGAGUUAUGUAAACACUUGGAUACACCUUGGAUUCAGUUUUGCCAGCAGAUGAUAGGAAUAUGAAUUUUUCAUAUGAUUUAAUGAAACAGCUUGUCAUCCAAAUGACAAAAUGCAUUCAGUAAUACAUUCUGAUGAUGGAUGGCUCACAGAUGUAAAAUGAUCACAUCCCAGAAAUGAGCACAUAUC